UGUGAACGCUGAAGGUGAAGAGUUCUGUGUUUUGGAUGAACUGUCUGACAAUUUCGAAGAUGCUUCAUCGAAAACGCUUCACAGAAUUGGUGUGACUGAACUGCAGCCAUGACCCUGACGGACAGCUGCCAAUCCUGAGGAGGAGAUUUGGGUUUCAGAAAUGGCUUACCUGGCGCAAUCUGCCCACCGGCAGUUUGCAGGUCUGGUGGUGGGCUUUGUAGCAUGGAUAAUGACGGCCUCUAUUUCUGGGGUGAACGACUGGAGGAUUUGGUACGUAGACAAUCGCACGGUCAUCACUGGCGGAGUGGCCUGGGUGGGCGUUUGGAGGGCCUGUUUCAACAGCCACAUUUUGGACUCUGCGGAGAUCUGCAAAAGCAUCGGCCUUACAGAUUCCUUCACUCCUCCAGAGAUUGCAGCGGCUCAGGUGCUUUGCAUGAUCGCUAUUGGCGUAGGGGUUGUUGCGAACCUGCUGGCGGGAUAUGCGGUGAGAAACGCCCUAUUCGGAGUGGACGGCGGCCAUGUCAGGUUGGCGUUUGUGAUGGCAGGUUGCUUGUAUUGGUUGACUGCCACAUGUUCGCUGGUUCCUGUCUUUUGGAAUAUGAGUUCAGUUCUGGCCAAUCUCACUAUAGAUUUUCCUCCUGAAUUUUACUUGCCUUCCACUCCUGUAAAACAGGAAGUGGGUCCUGGGAUCGGGAUUGGGAUCGGCGCAGGUUGUCUACUCAUUGUAAGUGGGCUACUGUUAGUGUGCUACAGGUAUCCUAAAACCAAGAUGCCUUUGAGUGAAGAAAACAGAAAUUUUGAUAAAAGUCAAAGGAAUGAAGGUUGUCUUGGUGUAAUUAAAGAGAGUGUGGAUGAAGGGAUAAUCAACACAGCCUUUGAAGCUUAGAAGAGCUGUUUACAUCCAUAUCUAUAUGGAAAGACUUUGAAAGAUCUAAUAUACUAAUUUUGGACUGUUUGAGGAGAACAUGUUUAUAUCUAAAUAUAAUAUACUUUAUUUAAAUUAUUCUGUUAUAAUUUGAAUAUUUCAUUAAAUUAGUGUAUGAAUAAAGGCAA